CAGAGCUCUCCACGCAUUGACGCGGCUUGCCCGUCCUAGCUUUUUCUUUUCUUCUCUAUACCGAUCAACCUCUUUGUCUGCCGCCUUGAUCUCAACAGUUUUUUUGCUAUGGCCACAGACGACGACACAAAUUCACGACCGCCUUCUCCGACGUCCCGCUUUGACACCCUCUUCACCAUGGGCUAUUUUACACAACCGUUCGAGCGCUUCGUGCGUGACGACAACGUAGACAUGAGUAGCGCUUUCACUUUGCUGGACACAAUGGAAACCUAUUGGGACUCCCGCAUCGAUCUCCUUCAACGAAAGCUCUCCCAGCGAACAGAUAAGCUCAAGUCAAGAGCUGAGGUGCUCGGAGACUAUUUCACCACCAUCAAGACUCCGAAGGCCGAUGUUGCAAGGGAGAAUAUCGACCGCGAGAUCAAGAAGUUGCAACUCAAGAUGCAACUUCGGAUGACGUCCUUGGCUACAGCUUGGAAAUCCGCCAGAAUCGUCCGAACGAGGGAGAAGAUCACAUUCUUUAUCGGAGUCAUGACCGUGCUAUUUACUGCCCUCCUCUUCGGCAUGGCACCGGAAUGGAUGCACAUCGCCUACACUGUCCAAGCAGCCUUCCACCUUCCCUUGCGCAUCUACAGAUACAAGAAGCGGAUGUGGCACUACUUCCUCUUCGACCUCUGCUACUACGUCACCAUCCUUAACUUCGUCUACAUCUGGAUCCUCCCCCAGAGCCCUGCCCUCUUCGUGGCGUGCUACUGUUUAUCACAUGGGUCCGUCGCGAGCGCGGUGAUUACAUGGCGGAAUAGUCUUGUCUUCCACGAUUCAGAUAAGAACACGUCGCUGUUCGUGCAUAUGUACCCGCCACUUGUCUUUACCGUCAUCAGGCAUUAUUAUCCUGGCGCAACGGAGCGUUUCCCUGCACUCAAGGAACUCCCGCAUCUUAACCCAUGGAAAGCCCUUUUACUGUCUAGUUUGAUCUACUUGGUCUGGCAGUUGCUGUACUGGAGGUUCGUCUACGUUAGCCGCCGCGCCAAGGUCGAAUCUGGCGAACGUACGACGUCACUUUCAUUCCUCCUGAACAACAAACGAGGGCUCAUCGGGCGGGCCCUCGCUGCCAUCAAGCCCGAGUAUCGUCCAGAAUCUUUCAUGGCGGGCCAGUUCGCCUACGCCGUGAUUACGGAUAUUCCCCCGGUCUUUCUCCUGUACGACAGCGCGUUCUGGAGCAGCGCCUACCUUCUUCUCAUCUUCGCCGUAAGCGCAUGGAACGGCGGAGGUUUCUACAUCGAAGUCUUCGGUCGCAAAUUCGAACGCGAACUCGAAGCGCUCCGCAAAGAGCUCGCCGAAGCAAACCUUCGCUCCGCCGGCGCAUCGCCCACGAUCAUCCCCGAUGACCUUUCCACGCCUGUGUCGCCCAUGCUCGAAGGCAAGGACGGCAACGGCAUGAUGAACGUCCCUGAAUUGAAGACGCCUCCGCUGCUGGCAUCGAAGGGUGUCUCAGAGGUGCCGAGCAUGCCGGAGGAGGCGAACGGGGCGCCACCUGUGGAGGAAUCGAAGAAGGCGCAAUGAUCAUGAUCUUGCCCGUUCUCGAUUACUGGUUUCUUGAGUGGCGAUGGGAAGGUAGUCUGUCUUGUUUUUUACUCGAGUCCCGUCUAGAUGGUGUGGAUAGAUUCCUCGUUUUUUUGGCCUGUUUUGUCAGGCCCUUACUUUACGCUAUGCGUGAUUCCUCGUACGGUCUGAGGAGGUGGAAGUGGAGUUGGUGGUGGAUCGCGAUUCUAGUUGAGUUGCCCUUCGAGAUGCGAGAUGUUUUUAAUGACCCUAUUUACGACCUUACAUACACAUGAACACUAUGCGCUAUCCUCUUCCUCUUCGCUUUGUUGUAUUUCAGACCUAUCUCCUCUCCCUCU